AUGUCGAGACGAGGGGCGAGUGUGCUCGCGAGGCUCGCGACGGUCGCGGGCUCGUCGGCGUACGUCGCGCCCACCACCCUCUCUCGCGUGCCGUCGGCGGCGCUCGGGGGCAUCCGACCCGUGUCGAUCACCGCGGUCGCACUCGGCCGCGUUGGUCACCCCUGUACCGCGCGCGGGUUCGCGGCGUCGGCGCCGUUCGCGUCCCUUUCGCCGUCUCGGUCCAUGUCCAGCGCGCCUUACGCGCGCGACGACGCGCGCGGGGACGGCGCGAUCGCCAAGCACGUCCUGUAUCGCGGCCCGUGGCUGUUGACGUUUCGCACCCUCGUCCGAUUCAAGGUGUUUCAGCUCAUGGGCGUGUCCUCCCUCGUCGUGCCCCUCACCGCGGUGUUCAACAACGAGCCCGUGGCGACGACGACGACGGCGGCGGUCGCGGCGGUGGUGGGCGGCGCGGGCGCGUGCUCCCUGGCGCUGCAGUACUACGCGAGCAGGUACGUGGGGGAGCUCAGCAUGAUCCGCGCCCGGGGUACCAAGCACGGCGCGAACCACAGGACGCGGGUCAGGAUCAGCACGAUGGACUUCUGGGGGCACAGGGUGGACAAGGACUUUAGCCCCGAGGACGUGGUGCCGCCGCUGAAGGAUCUGCCCGCGGAGGCGCUCGGGGAGAUGGCGGCGCAGAUGUUCGUGCCGCUGGACGUGGUGGGGUCGCAUCAGCACGUGCUCUCGCUGCGGCACGGAGACCUCAGGGAUAAGAAGCGACUCUUCGCGCUGUUGACUGGGGAAGGGUUGGAGCUGCCCAAGGCGUGGAGGGACGAGGACGAGUCGAAGGUGGGGAGCGAGUGA